AUGUUGCUCUUUAAUAAGUGCAUGGCCAAUACUUGGAUUAAACUAACACCUAAAACUUCAUCCAAGUUAAUAAACCGUGUGAUUUGUAGAAAAUCACAUACUAUAGCAACUAAUAUUUCCAAUAAACCUGUAAAUACUAUUAAUAGGCGGUUUUCACCAAUAAUAAAAAGGGGCUUCCAUUCAAAUUCAUUCGUAUUUAAUAAAAUUAAUAUUGUUAAUGAUAAUGCUAAUAAAAAGCCUCAGACAUUUACCACGCCUAGUCCUUUAUCGAGCUCUAAAAUAGCAAAAACAUCUGUUAAUCAAGCGAAAAAUAUUGCUUCUAAAACACCAACCGUAUCCGAAUUGAAAAUUUUAAAGGAUUUGUUGAAAUAUAUCUGGCCAAAGGGUGAUAAUAAAGUUAAAACAAGAGUUUUAAUUGCAUUGGCUUUGUUAAUUGCAGCAAAACUAUUGAAUAUUGAAGUUCCCUUUUUUUUCAAAUCAAUUAUCGAUGAUAUGAAUGUAACUUGGGACGUUAAGGAAAAUGCACUACCUUUAGCUAUAGUUUUCACUAUUUUUUCAUAUGGCGUUGCUAGAUUUGGAGCUUCCCUGUUUGGCGAACUAAGAAACGCGGUCUUUUCGAAAGUAGCCCAAAAUGCUAUUCGUAAAGUUUCUUUACAAACUUUCCAACACUUGAUGAAAUUGGAUUUGGGCUGGCAUUUAAGCAGGCAAACCGGUGGAUUAACAAGGGCUAUGGACAGGGGUACAAAGGGUAUAUCGUAUGUCCUAUCCGCAAUGGUUUUUCACAUUAUUCCAAUAACUUUUGAGAUAUCUGUUGUAUGUGGAAUCUUAACUUAUCAGUUUGGUCCAUCGUUUGCCGCAGUUACUUUUACUACCAUGUUGAUAUAUGCCAUCUUUACUUUCAAAACCACUGCAUGGAGAACGGAAUUUAGAAGAGCAGCAAAUAGAGCAGAUAACAAAGCAGCAAGUGUUGCCGUUGAUUCAUUAAUAAAUUUUGAAGCUGUUAAAUACUUUAACAAUGAAAAAUUUUUAGCUGAAAAAUAUCAUUCCUCCUUACUUAAGUAUAAAGAUUCGCAAAUUAAAGUGGCACAAUCUUUAGCCUUUUUAAAUACUGGUCAGAAUUUCAUUUUUACUUCUGCGCUAACCGCCAUGAUGUAUAUGGGUUGCAAAGGUGUUUUGUUAGGCGACUAUUCUGUGGGUGAUUUGGUUUUAAUUAAUCAAUUAGUUUUCCAAUUGUCGGUGCCACUAAAUUUCUUGGGCAGUGUUUAUCGUGAAUUAAAACAAUCUUUGAUAGAUAUGGAAUCUCUAUUCAAAUUACAGAAAAACCAAGUUAAAAUUAAAGAGCCGGCUAAUCCAUUAGCAUUACCUGAUUCCAUACCCUAUGAGAUCAAAUUUGAAAAUGUUACGUUUGGUUAUCAGCCAGAUCGUAAAAUCUUACACAAUUGUUCCUUAACUAUUCCGGCAGGCUCUAAAACUGCGAUUGUUGGCCCUAGCGGUAGUGGUAAAUCUACAAUUUUGAAAUUAGUUUUCAGAUUUUAUGAUGUAGAGGAAGGUAGGAUUUUAGUUGACGGUAAAGAUAUUAGAGAUAUAGGAUUAGAGUCUCUAAGGAAGACUAUUGGUGUUGUUCCACAAGAUACUCCUUUAUUCAAUGACACCAUAUGGGAAAAUGUAAAAUUUGGGAGAGUUACUGCUACUGAUGAUGAAAUUAAACAUGCCAUAAACAAAGCGCAAAUGUCGGAUUUAAUAUCUAAAUUGCCUAAAGGUACAGAAACAAUUGUUGGUGAAAGAGGGAUGAUGAUAAGUGGUGGUGAAAAGCAGCGGUUGGCUAUUGCGAGGGUAUUGUUGAAGGACACGCCCAUUAUGUUUUUCGAUGAAGCCACUAGUGCCUUAGAUACACAGACUGAGCAAAAUUUGUUGAAGACAGUCAAAAAGAAUUUUGCUGGCAAUGAUAGAACCAGUGUUUAUGUUGCGCAUAGAUUGAGAACCAUUGCCGAUGCAGAGAAAAUCAUUGUUUUGGAAAAUGGUAAAGUUAGAGAAGAAGGGACCCAUUUAAGUUUGUUGGGUAAAAAGGAUUCUUUGUAUAAGGAAUUAUGGAACAUCCAAGAAAAUUUGGAUAUGUUGGAAGAAGAGUUAGAAGAAGAUAAGGCAAAUAACCAGUGA